GGGGCGGAGUCUGACUCGAGCGCGUGCGUCAGCACUUCCUGCUCGCGCAGCAGGUAUUUCGGUAUCGGACACACCUCACCUGGAGCUCCGGAUCCGACUCGGAAUCAACGACGCAUUUCCAUCGAAACUCUGCUUGAAACGACGAUUUAUAUCUGGCCGGUGAGGAGUCACGCCGUUUCGGAGGAGACGAACACUUGUAGAGCUGUUUAAUAGAUUGGUUUUGAGUCGUUUAUACAGGGUUCUGUUCAUUCGGAGAAUGACACCGGCUCGGUUCUGGUUCUUCUGGACCGCGGCGGUUCUUCACAUCUGUCUCCAUGUGUCUCCGUCAGAGGCUCAGGAUGAAGGGGAAUGCAUGGAAAAGUUCAGUCCUGGCAAAGAAGAUUUUGUGUUGGACGUAGAUGAAUCUGUGAAGGAAGGGGCCACGUUCUUGUCUUCUCCUCAAGUGUCUCGGUCUGAAGACUGUGUUCUGGCCUGUUGUCGUGAUCCAAACUGUAAUCUGGCUCUGAUUGAACAUGGAGAAGAUCCCGAAAGCAUCAGCUCGUGCUUCAUCUUCAACUGUUUGUACAAACAGAAGAAAGUCUGCCGCUUUGUGAGGAAGAAUGGCUUCAGCAACUACGUUCUGAUAUCAGUUUUUAAAGAUUACCUUGAGCAAAAAACUUCAGACGUAGAGGACAAACCUCCAGUCGCAGUGGCCGGGCAGGACAGAGUCGUUCAACCCAAAGAAGAUGUGACUCUGAAUGGCAUUGAGAGCAAAGACGAUAAAAAGAUCGUAAAAUAUGAGUGGGUACAGGUGUCUGGAGACCAGUCGGCUGUUAUGACCAAAGGGCUGUUUGUGGAUUCAGUAACGGUCUCCAAUCUUUCUCCGGGGAUGUAUAAGUUCAGACUCAUGGUCACAGAUGACGCUGAUCAGACGGGAUCAGCCGAGGUGUCAGUUUUGGUCCUGACGCCAGAACAGUCACUCCAUCACUGUCUGGUGCCGAAGAAAGAGGGUCCGUGUCGAGGCUCUUUCUCACGCUGGCACUACAACGCCGUCACAGAGAAAUGUGAGCAGUUCAAUUUUGGAGGCUGCAAACCAAACCGUAACAACUACCUGGUGCUCAACGAAUGCCUGAACGCUUGCGACAAAGUUUCAGCUUUUGCUCCGCCGCCGCCGUCUGGAAGAUUAGGUCCGAUCCACGAUCAACGGGAGCAGUGUGACGCGGCUUGCGGUCCAGAUCAUUUCUCAUGUUCAAAUAAAUGCUGCAUCGAGAAAGAUUUGGAGUGUGACGGGAAAGCGCAGUGCAGCGACGGUUCGGACGAGACUGAGUGCUCCAAACUGGACAGUAAGUUCCGUCGAUUGCUGGAUAUUCCUGUGGACAAAAGCAAAGUGAAUUGCGUGGAGCCGCCGGUAACGGGCCCCUGUCGCGCAAGCUUCACUAACUGGUACUUCAAUCCGUAUGAACAGCGCUGUAGUCGCUUCAACUACGGCGGCUGUGAUGGGAACGAAAACCGCUUUGACACGGAGGACAAGUGCAUGCGGUCGUGCUCCGGAGUGACCGAGUCUGAUGCGUUUGCCAGACGAGCUCAUUUUGGGAAGCAAGAGAGCAAAGACGAAACGGCUGCCAUCGUGAUCGCCGUCGUCCUGGGCUUGGCCAUCGCCGUCCUGCUGGUGGUUAUCGCAUGUUGCCUCCUGAAGGGAAAGAAGCAGCGCAGAAACAAACAUCAGCAUGUGGCCGUUAACGGCGGACACGUUCACACCUACGGAGAUUCAGAGAAACUCGUCUACAACAGCACAACCAAACCCAUCUGAGCAUUUACUCCGUUUAACAGGACAUCUAUCCUUACUGCUGGAGCGUGAUGGGAACAUCUAUUUGUAUAUGCAAUAAUUAUUUGGUUUCUUCACUUGUUUCGAGUAGACCGGCUGGAAACUGUGCAGAAAGUUCGUUUGAAACCACUUUUAUUACCAGCGGCUUUUCACUUCUCUUAUUUCUGUCCUUUGCUUUAUAUAUUAGCUUGUUGGAUUUUGCUCAGGGGUGAAUAUGUGUUGCAAUAGCGUAUAAUAAAGCCAGUUUUUAUGACCACAAAAGACGAAAUCAUGAUUCUUGAGCCAUGUACUUUUAUUUUGCAUUGUUUUUUUUUUGUUUUUAAAUGCUGCCUCAUCAGUUAAUCUUAAAGUCAUGUAAGCAUUGCAUUACUACGUUAAAUCAGUUUCAUAUUUUAGUUUGUUUGAGAUCUGAGAUAUUGAUUUAUGGCUCUUUGUUUUGAUGUGUUAACUCUUGUUUUGUUUUUCCGUUAUCUACAUUAGGAGUUUUAUUUUAGUUUUUAAAUGUUCUUUUUU